GACACCAAUAUCUCUUACGUUUUCUCUCUCUCUCUCUCUCUCUCUCUAUGCCAUGAGUCUGUCAGCUUCAAACGCCAUGACCAUUGUAGCCACAGCUGCAGCUCUAUCUCUGCCAAUAUCUUUUUGCAGAACGACCAAGCUUAGCACCAGGAAGGGUGUGAAAGGAGGAUUUCGAGUAUUUGCUGUAUUCGGAGAGCAGUCAGAUAUAGAGAAGAAGAAUGCUUGGAGCACACUCUUUGAUGUGGAGGAUCCAAGGUCGAAAUUUCCACAAUCUAAGGGCAAGUUUCUGGAUGCAAACCAGGCCUUGGAAGUUGCUAGAUUUGAUAUACAGUAUUGUGAUUGGCGAGCUCGGCAAGAUGUGCUCGCAAUCAUGCUCCUCCAUGAAAAGGUUGUGGACGUUCUAAAUCCUCUAGCCCGAGAAUAUAAGUCUAUAGGUACUGUCAAAAAGGAGCUCGCAGAGUUGCAAGAAGAACUAGGGGAGGCUCAUAGACAGGUUCAUAUAUCGGAAGCAAGGGUUUCCACAGCGUUGGAUAAAUUGGCUUACAUGGAAGAAUUAGUGAAUGAUAAGCUGUUACAGGAUAGAGCAACUACAUCUUCCGAGGAAGCAUCCCCUUCUCCCAGCACUUCUACGCAAUCUCUAGAUUCUGUAAAAAGGAAGCCUCCUCGAAAAAGCUUGAACGUUUCAGGUCCAGUUCAAUCCUACCAUCCCCGAUUGAAGAAUUUUUGGUAUCCUGUUGCCUUCACCACUGACCUGAAAGAUGAUACCAUGGUGCCACUUGAUUGUUUUGAGGAACCAUGGGUUCUCUUUCGUGGAAAAGAUGGGAAACCUGGAUGUGUGCAGAAUACUUGUGCGCACAGAGCUUGCCCUCUUGACCUCGGCUCAGUAAAUGAGGGCCGUAUCACGUGCCCUUACCAUGGGUGGGAGUAUUCAACCGAUGGAACAUGUGAAAAAAUGCCAUCUACGCGAUUACACAAAGUGAAGAUUAAGUCAUUGCCAUGUUUCGAGAAAGAUGGAAUGUUGUGGAUUUGGCCCGGUGCUGAUCCUCCGUCAGCCACCCUUCCUUCUUUACAACCUCCUGCAGGAUUUCAAAUCCACGCCGAGCUCGUCAUAGAACUCCCAGUGGAACAUGGGCUGCUUCUUGAUAACCUUUUAGAUCUCGCUCAUGCUCCUUUCACUCACACGUCCACCUUUGCGAAGGGAUGGAGUGUUCCUAGCUUCGUGAAAUUCUUGACGCCUACGUCUGGCCUCCAAGGAUAUUGGGACCCUUAUCCUAUAGAUAUGGAAUUUCGACCACCUUGUAUGGUAAAUUCAACCAUCGGGAUCUCAAAACCGGGAAAACUGGAAGGGCAGAGUACUAGACAGUGUUCCACACAUCUUCAUCAACUCCACGUAUGCUUACCUUCUUCGAGAGGUAAAACAAGGUUAUUAUACAGAAUGUCACUGGAUUUUGCGCCCGUGCUGAAGCACGUUCCAUUCAUGAACUUUAUGUGGAGGCAUUUUGCCCAACAGGUUUUGAACGAGGAUCUAAGGCUCGUGCUAGGUCAACAAGAGCGAAUGAACAACGGGGCAAAUGUCUGGAAUUGGCCGGUGACAUAUGACAAGCUAGGAGUGAGGUACAGACAAUGGAGAGACGCCUUGGAACGAGGAGAUAAACAACUACCCUUCACCAAAUCAACUUAAACCCGAAUCC